UCAUCUCCGAGAUUUUAGGAGAAAUAACCGUUGCCAAGUUCGAAUGUGCUAAACCUUUAGGUUUUCUUGGCAGGAGACAAAUAUAUUAUUUUUGGAGCUUAGAAAUGGAUACAGAAGACAUGGGCUUAGGUAAAUUAGGGCAAAUAUUGAAGCAGAUUUGGAGACAAAACCAAAUGUUAAAGCAGGCGCUCCUGGGUGAUAAUCUCUGUGAGGUGGCUGGUGGAGCCACUUGGGUAGCCACAGUGAUCUUUUUGGGCCAAGGGCUCAAUGAAGCCCUUUUUCAACUGUUGGAACACAUAGCGGGGACCCUUCAGUCCACCUGCCAGCAGCUGUACAUAUUACUUGGCAAGGAUAAUCAGCAUAUCUGGAGACAAGAAAUUAUUGCUUUCAUAGACUUCCUCAUGAAAAUGAAUGAACAUUUGGGGAACACUGCCAUGCUUCUACGAAGAGAAGAAAAAGAGAUGUGUAAUUUAUGCAGCAUGCAUGAGGACCGUACUCCACAGCAGACAAUAUCGGCCAUUCAAGACACCAAAGCAACAGACAUUGCUCCAAGAAGGGAACGAAAUGUCAUGGAAACAGCCACUGUUUCUCCUGCAAAUGCAGGGGAAAGUCAUUACACAAACCAGGUCCAGUUAAAAGAAAAUAAAACUCAGAUAUAUUCUGAAUUAGGGGAAAACGAAAACAAUGCAUCAUUGAGUGGAAAUGUAAUAGGGCAAGGAGAGUCACAGAGCACAGUGUUCCCAGAUAAUGCAGAAAAUGAAGAUGAAAAACAAAUAGAACACAUGACUGCUGAGAACAUAGAUGGCAACAAGGGAGACAUUCAUGAUGUAAUCCAGACACCAGCAAGAGACACGCGAGAGAUCUCAGAAAGCCAAGGAGAAGAGAUUACCACAUCCCCAACAGCAUGGGAUGUCUCCAGUAAGGACGGGAAGAGUCUUCAUAAUGAGUCAGAGAGUCUAAAACAAAAGAAUAACAUAAUGGAAAAGGAGUAUCUUGACGUGCUGAGUGAUGGAGCUGACCCUCAAGUGUCUUGUUACAUCACCGCCCCACCGCAUGUCCUGCAGCAGGUUGACUGCCACAUAGUGAACGGCAUGAGUUCCUUUAUAGUGAGUGAUAACGAAGAGUUGGUCAGCAAUGUCGUCACUGUUGAAUGCUCCGAUAAGGAAAAGAAAAUUCCAUUCCCAAUAUGCAUUGCGAUUCCAUUCAAGGCAAACUACAAGGGAAAUUACAGAGACAUAAUGGUGAAAAUGUCUGACACAACCUUUCAGUCAAGCUACCUAACUCCAAAUUCACUGGAAGGAAUGAGGGGUGGUUGUAAGGGAGCUUGUGCUGCCGUGAACAUUUACAAGUUGGGUAUGUUUUCAGUGGUGUCGUGUUUAAAGAAACAGUCUUUCACGGUAACAAAAAAAGGGCUCACUCUGAAGUCAACUGUGGAUGCCCGAGUAUCCUUCAGUUAUCCUGCCGGAGUUUUCAGCUCACCAGUGCUUGUACAACUAAAGAUUCAGCCAGUCGAUCCUUCUCUGGUGUCGUAUUUAAAAACACAUCAAGAUUCUUCCUAUUCAGUACAGUCCACAAGUCCUCUUAUUCAUGUCCAGCAUCCAUCCACUCAUCCUUUUCAGAAACCAGUCACAGUGUUCCUGCCGUGUUCCCCUCUCCCUGAAAAAAAGAAUCUUGAGUCCGAACAAGAUCACAGGAGACCAGAGAGUGCCACAAUGCACAGAAGCGUGCCAACACCUUCAUACUUCAACAGGACCAAGAGUGCCUCCCUCAGAAAACCUGGUAACAAUGCUUGUGAAAACUUGAAACUAUUAGGAUUCAGAAGCAGAGACAGUGGUUGGUUUGGGAUUGAUGACGUUGUGGUGAGAACUGUCCAGAAUGGCUUGGUGUCUUUUGAAUUAUGUGAACACUUAGAGAGGUUUAUUGUGCUCCACCUGUCUUCCACAGUGGAUAAUAGCCACUUGGUUUCUUUUGUGAAGUCUUUAGAGGAAGCCUCCCUCAGCACCACGGCCUGCAUUCUGCUGUCCCACCAGAAGGACAAUCCAUAUAGAGUGGUUAUUUUAGUGGUACCUUCUAAGGAGUUAAAUCUGGCACUGAAGAACUUGCGCUCGGAAGGGUUUGGAGGACUUCCAGAAUCAUCUAGACAUUUCCAAGUAAGAGAAGGAGAACAACUUCUUUUAAGGUUUACUGGAAACAUAUUUGGCUCAAGCAAUGGGAAGGAUUAUGGGAAAGACCACAAAAUCAUUUUCCACCUGCAACGAAAACCGAGGCUAGAACUCCACAUCAAAGAGGUGGAUGAAUUUGGGAACUAUAGCUGCCCUCAUUAUAAAGGUGCCAUUGUGGUUUAUAAGUUACCCAGAGAGAAGACUGUCCCUAGCUUGGAUCAAUCCCUUCAUGAAAAUCUUUACCAGUUGCCAGUUUGCAAAUUACCAUUGAAAUUGCCCAAGCACGAAAAAGUAAUCAACCGACCACAGAGCACCAAAAGAGCGUCCACAGACCCUGUAGAGGCUCUUUGGGAUAAUUUACUUCACUGGUUGGCAGAGGAGCUCUCGGAAGAAGGUGUUGAGAUCCUCACCGCAUCCCUUCCUCUGCGCCGCAGCACAGUUCAGCUCAUCAAACUCAAGCACCCAGAUGAUCUGACAGAGCAGAUCCACGACCUGCUUUGCUUCUGGAAACGUUCACUCCCGACUUCCAUGGACAAAAUUCGCCUCCUGGCUCGCCAUCUCCGCAAGCUAGGCCGGGGUGAUCUUGCAGAAGAGCUCAAGUUCAAGUGGGAGCAUAAGGUGUUCACGGAACGUCAGCCCUGGUUGGAUGUGGCUGCCGACUAAAGGUGUGUUGAUUCUUCUUUUAUCCUAGAAAAUGACUCAUGGAUUUUAAAGACUGGGUGUUAACUUUUUCCAGUUACUAAGACAGUUUGAAGUGAGUUGACUUGAUAUUGAAGUGAUUGGAGGAAACAAAGGAGACUCCUCAAACAACUAAAGGCAUCUCUGGGCGUCUGCACCUUCAAUGAUGACUGACGGGUUUUCUGAAACCAAUAGCACCAGGGGUUCAGCUAAGCUUACAGGCAUUUGCAGCAGAGUUUUCCCAGUGUCUUAGUUAGGGUUUCUGUUUCUGUGAAGAGACACCAUGAGCAUGGGAAUUCUUAUAAAGGAAAACAUUUAAAUGGAUUGGCUCACUUUUUCAGAAGUUUAGUCCAUUAUCAUCACGAUGCAACUUGAUGGUGUGCAAGCAGUAUCUCCUGUAUCAUGAUGAUACAGGAGAAAUAGCUGGGGGUUCAACAUUUUGACUUACAGGUCAAUGGAAACAGGAAAUGGAUUGAGACCCUGGGCAUGGCUUGAACAUAUAUAAAAUCUCAAAAGUCUGCCUUCAUGGUGACAUAUUUCCUCCAGCAAGCCUACGUGUACUCCAAGACCAUACUUCCUAAAAAUGCCAAAAACUUUGGGGGCCAUUCACUUGCAAAUCACCACAACCAGUUUGAAGUUUAAUAGAUAAGGUUGUUUACUAAGUGUGAAGUAAAUAUAUGAUCUAGAGAAUGGCUUUUAAAAAUUGUUAUAUAAAAUUAAACUAGUUGUUCGUGACUCCAGGCAAUCAAUUCCAUUUACAUGAUGACAGAAGCCCACAUGUGAUAAUGUGAAAUAAUAGGUACCAAUGAUAGGCAGAAACAUGUCAAAUUUAGGACACUGAAACUCUUAAAAUAAGUUAGUAGUAUAAAACACUUCAGCCUCUUUCUGCCAAAAGCUCUUUCAUAACAAGAUUGCUUGGAAUUGGUGACUUUUCAUACUCAUUAUCAGGGAAAUGAAGCAAUACAGAAAAAAAAAUGAAGUUGUGUACAGUAACCCAAAAUCUCUUUCAAUUCCUUAUAGAGGUUGUUUAUUACACAAUUAAGAGAAAUCUUAUUACAUAAACUUCGGGGUUUAGGUCAGCGAGGAGGCACAAUACUACAGGCUGAGAUGUUCUCUUUAUUAGGGACCUGAACUCAGGUCAAACUGGGGUUAGUGGCUUCAAAACAGAAAAGAAGUUUAUAACUAGUCAGCAUUAGGCAGAGGUAGCAUUAACUAAAGAUGUUUUAAUAUAGGCAUCAACAUGGGGGUUAAAAAAGAAGAGAAAUUCUCAGAAAGAAAGCUACACAGGCAGCAAGCAUAAUGAGAACUUCUCUAAGACAGUCACAAUUGACUGUCACAUGUUAUUAGUCAAGAAAUACUUUUACACAGCAUCCAAAAGGACAAUGCAUAUUUGCUUAUGUUUUUGACUAAAGAGAACAAAGUAAAAUAUUUAGUGCCUUUCUAAUUGCAGAAAGAUUUAAUGCUUGUUUUAUCCUGCCACUUUUAUGUUACAUUUGUUUAACUCUGUGAAGCUGUGGUACUUUGCCUUCCUAAAACCCCUAAUGGUCUAAUAAAAAGCUAAAUGGCCAAUAAGUAGGAGAAAGUAGAGGUGGACUGGCAGGCAGAGACAACAAAUAGGAAGAGAAGAAGAGUAGAAAGACAAGUGAAUGAAAGAAGAAGAGGAGGAUGCCAGAGACCAGCCACUCAGCUACACAGCAAACCACAAAGAAAGGAGUAAAGAAAGGUAUAUAGACUAGGAAAGAUAAAUGUUUGGAGGCUAAAGGUAGACAGGGUAAUUUAAGUUAAGAAAAGCUGGCUAGAAACAAGCCAAGCUACGAC